CUAUAGCUGCCAUCUCGUGGGCGGUGCUUAAAAUGUAAUUCGACACGCCUACAAAAUGGCCGUUUGGUUAUAAUCAUGCUGCAGCAAAGUGGUGCAAAGAAGGAGCACAAGGAUGAAGCCCUACCUCACUAUCUCUGGGGACUGGACUGUGUGUUUCAUGCAAGAGUCAAACUGAAUAUUUCUGAUGUAAUAAAGCUUGAAGAAUAUCCAAACUAUGCAGAUAUUUAUUGUAUAUCAAAUCAUCCUAUCAGUAGCGUGUGCAUCAUGGGAGAUGUCAGGGGAAUAGUUCUGAAAGAGAGAUUCAUUAUUUAUGAUGUUGAUGAUGGUACAGGAUGCAUUGAGUGUAAAUGGACGAGGGAAGAGGUACAUGAUGCACCACAAGUAGCACUUGGGGAUCUAGUGAGAGUAACUGGGAAAGUAUCCAAUUUCAAAGGAUACAGGAAUAUCUGGAUAAUGACCAUGUAUAAAGAGACGGAUCCAAAUGCCGAAAUCCUUCACUGGCUGCAAACUAUCGAGUUAAAGAAGGCUCUUUAUAACAAGCCGUUUACUCUCCCUCCAUCGUUUUAUGAACAUAGGACUAAGCUUAGAAGAACUGACAUUAAAGAUAAAACCAUUUCUACUCUAAAUGAGCUAAGCAAGACUAAAACAACAUUUCAGAAAAGGGAGCUGAAAUGUUUGAUCAGUCAAAAUAUGGAUAACACUGAUGAAUGUGACAUACAGGAAGUAUUAGCACUCCUCGUGACAGAGUGCUAUUUGACUCAAACCAAUGAAAACUAUGAAUUUUGUUCAGAUGCUAGAAUUUCUACUGUCUUACUCUCAAUAUUUAAGAAAUGCAUAGGUUUGUCUGAUCCUAGUAUGACAGUGGAGCAGUUGAUCCAAGAGCUUUCAGAUACAGAAAUCAAGCAAUAUAUUACACGUAACAGACUGCAAGACAGUUUGCUGUUAUUGUUGGAGAAUAAUCAGAUUUAUCCUAUUGAUGAGGACAAGUAUCAGCUAAUAGACUAGUAAUAAAAUCACUUGUUCACAAACUAUUAUUUUAGCUACAUCUAUAUCACUAUAACCCUCUUCCUUUUGGCUGGUAAAUUUUUGAGCUAUUUGAAAACUCGCCAUCUUUUCCUUGGUUUAUCAUUGAUUCAUUUCUGAAAUUUUUGGUAUAGUUUAUUUAAAUUGUUAA